GUUGAUGUGUCAUAUCAGUGAGUUGUAUGUCUAUCAGCUGGUGGGACAUCUCCAAGUUCAUGCCUAAUCCAGGCGUUUCCGCACGAAAAUGCACGAUGAGUUUUUGGCAUUCGUUUUGAAGCUGUGACAGACCAUGAAACAACCCAGUCCAACUACAGAUCCACAGAUGAUGGAAGGAUCAGAAGUUAAAUCUGAGGAAUCACAGUCUGUGGAUCAGCCUCACAAUAAUCUGUUUGAUGUAAAAGAGGAGGAAAUCUCUCAGAACUGUGCACAGGAAGCAGAAACAUGCUGUCAGGCAACAUUACUUGAAAGUAAAUUAUCCAAGAUUACAACAGAUGUUGAGCUGGACACAUAUCCAGAGCAUGAAGCUCCAUCAUGCAGUCGGGAGCACCCAGAUGAGAAGGAGAAAGUUGCUGAGGGGAGAAGUGAUGCCAGUACAGUUUUAAUUGAAAGGGAUCCACCUCCACUUAAUCUUUCAAAUGAGUCUGCUGCCAUUUUGAGAACUGCCAACACUCAGAACGUAGCAGAAACCUCCUCUUCUGUUCUUGAAGGGGCAGAAGAGACCUUAUUGACGUUUGAUGCACCAAUUCAACAUGACAAUGAGCAACCAUUAGUCUUGGUCACCGGUUCUGCAGAGUCAUCUCCUGUUGACAACAGUGACUCAGCUGAGAGUCUGUCAUCCUCUUCUGUUCAAGGCACUUAUAAAUUCUCACCUACAGACUCUGCUACGACCUCUGGGAUCUCGAAUGGCCCCUCCACCCCAAGCUCUGACACACUCAGUUCGUCGCUCAGUUCCAGCCCUCAGACCAGCGCCAACAACUCGGGCCCCUCGCAUUCUUCAUCAAACCCUUAUGACACAGACUGCAGCCGGAAGCUUAUUUCACAAAUCCAGCGCUCACUGUCACAAGAGUCCUUGCUGGAUGAGCUUGAGUCUGAGCUGUUGGCUUGUCAGCUGCCUGAAGGGGAAAGCAGAGGAGAAAGGAAGGGAAGUCCACCUGUUAAUGGUCUCACUUCAGGCCAGGAGGACUGCAUGAUGGUCUUUGAGAAGUGUGUGCAAUACAAGUAUGCACAACAGGAGAAAGCUAUUCAAAAGCUGCUGGAGGAGAAUAAGAGACAUCAGGAACUGAUUCUGGGUAUCUGCUCAGAGAAAGACAACAUGAGGGAUGAGCUGAAGAAGAGGGCAGAAACAGAAAAGCAGCAUAUAACCAUCAUUAAAAAGAUGGAAGGCAGGGUGGAGGAGCUGCUGAAAGAGCUGAAGGAGUCGCGGGAUAAACUCAUCCACCAGGAGCAGACGGCUAAAUCUGCUCUCCAGCAGCUGCAGAGGGAGACGGCUCAGCGGAUAGAACAGGUGAACAAGAAGUGUGACGAAGCCCGCCAAGAGAAAGAAGCCAUGGUAAUGAAAUAUGUGCGGGGAGAGAAGGAGGCCCUUGACCUGAGGCGGGACAAAGAGGGUUUGGAGAAGAGGCUUAGAGAAGCCCUCAAGGAAGUGGAUCGCCAGGCUCUCCGAGGGAAUCAGCUGGCUCAGGAGAAAGGCCGGUUGCAACAGCUGUAUGAUGCUAAGGAAGGCGAGGUUGGCAGGUUGAUGCGAGAGGUAGAAAAGUUAAAGGAGGAGAUCAACUCUCAUCUUAUCAAAGUCAAAUGGGCCCAGAACAAACUGAAGAGUGAAGCAGAUGCUCAUAAGGAAACUAAAGACAAAUUGAGAGAAACGACAUCCAAGUUGGCUCAGGCCAAAGAGGAGACAGAGCAGAUCCGGAAAAAUUGCCAAGACAUGAUCCGAACGUACCAGGAAUCGGAGGAGCUCAGGUCCAACGAACUGGAUGCUAAACUGAAAGAGACCAAAGGAGAGUUGGAGAAACACAAGCAGGAACAAACGGACCAAUUGGAGAUGCUCCAAACAAAGGCUAAAGAGCUGGAGGAACUAAAGAAGACGUACAAAGAAAGCAUGGUUGAGCUUGAUACUCUUCGCACCAAGUUAAAGUGUCUGGAGGACGAGCGUCCACGUUGGGAGGAUGAGCUGAGCAAAUACAGGGAGAUCAUUAACCGACAGAAGGCAGAGAUUGGUCGCCAGAGAGAAAAACUCGAAGAGGUCACUGAGCUUCAGGAGCAGCAUCAACGCGACAAACAGGAGCUCACGUCUCUUCAGGAGGAAGUGGAUGGCCUGACCAGUCAGAUAGCGGACCUCCAGCGUGACGUUCAAGGCAGCAGGGAACGGGAAGCUGAGCUACUCGGCUUCACAGAGAAGCUGAGCAGCAAGAACGCCCAGCUGCAGUCGGAGAGCAAUGCGCUGCAGUCUCAGCUGGAUCAGGUCACCGUCAACUUCACCAAACUCCAAGUGAAGCUGGAGGAGACCAGCAGGCUGCUGGAUGACAAGUCACGGCAGCUGAAACAGGAGGAGGCCCAGAAGCAGCAGGAGGUGCAGGGUCUGCAGGAGGAGCGGGUAGCUCUGCAGACUGAAGUGGCCCAACUAAAAACCAGAGUGGAGGAGCUGAGGGAUGAGCUGGUGACUCAGAAACGGAAGCAAGCAGCUAAUAUCAAAGACUUAACAAAACAACUAACACAAGCUCAUAAGAGACUGGAGCAGGUUGAGAAUGGAGGGUGUGACCGAGACGCCAGCAGCAUGGGCAGUCGCUCCAGUUCCUCAGGUUCUUUGAACGCACGCCAUGGUGGGAGCAAUAGUGUUGAAGAACGGUCACCAGAGAGCCAGUCGGGUCCCUCUGUGACGGUUGUAGACAGCUUCCCGGAGGUGGACAAAGCUGUGCUGGUAGAGCGCAUAGUCCGUCUGCAGAAAGCUCUUGCGCGAAAGCAGGAGAAAAUCGAGUUCAUGGAGGAUCACAUCAAGCAACUGGUGGAAGAGAUCCGAAAGAAGACAAAAAUUAUCCAGAGCUAUGUGCUGAGGGAGGAGUCAGGAGCCCUCUCAUCAGAGGCUUCAGAUAUUAACAAGGCCCAUCUCAGUCGGCGAGGCGGCAUCAUGGCGUCUCUGUACACCUCCCACCCAGCGGACAGCGGACUGACCCUGGACCUGUCACUGGAGAUUAACAGGAAGCUGCAGGCCAUGUUGGAGGACACACUGCUGAAGAACAUUACUUUGAAGGACAAUUUGCAGACUUUGGGAGCUGAGAUUGAAAAACUCAUAAAGGAGCAGAAGAAUCCUGAAGAUGGAGUCAGGACGAAGUGAAGCACAGAUCCCAGCUGAGGACUUCCCCAGCCUAAACGUAUGAAGGCGUAAACAUGCUGCAAGAGCCAGAGGGAUGUGAGAUUUCCUGAUUUCUGGUCCGGUCAGAGAAAGUCUCCAAGCUUACUUGAACUGUCACUGUCCCAUCCACAUCCCCGCUGUUACGACCCUUCUGGCUCACGUGUCUCCCCAAAGCAUCUCCAUGAGGACUUGCUGCUUUAAACUUGAUCGUGGUGGCAUCAUCACAUAUGCGUUCGACCUUUCCCUGAAUCAUAGUUUCCAGGAAAUCAAUCUUAACGGAAGUAAAAGUACAUAUUUAUAAAUUGCCAACAAACUUUUUCUUCUGAAGUCCAUGAAUCGAUGAGCCAAGUGUAUAUUUUUUUUUAAGGUUUGCUUCUGCAGAUCCGCCCUGACUGGAGCGGAACAUGUGUGCCACCGGUGCAUUUCUUCCAUCUGUUUAUUUUUUUUGUUAAUGUUUUUUUUUUUUUUUUUUUUCCCCGU